ACCAUGUUAUGUAAUUGGAAUUGCCUUAAAUCUUCCUGAAAUUCUGUAAUCUAUUUAAUGUUGCUCUUACUAUUCCACAGUUUCUCUAUUAUUGUCCUACUAAUUGUGUUUCCUGUUCAUCAGAUGUCCAGAGAAAGAUAUUUCUACCCAAUUGUUGUUCUUACUGGUUGUAUUUUCCUCUAUACUGCAGCAUUUAAAGCCCCUUUACUUGGUAUUGUUUACUUAUGCAUCUUCAAUUUAUUCUACUUUGUAACUUAAGUAGGCCUAAGUUACUGGUACCGUAAAAUGGGGCGACUUUGUGACUGGUGGGGUGACUUUGUGACAAGGGAUCGAGUUUUCGUAUUUUAAAUCUCGCGCCGCGACCGCUCGUCUCAGGAAAGAGCUGAACCACGCAUUUCGUUUGUCAGACAUGCCACGCCACGUAGCGGCAGCAGGGUGAAGCUUCUGCACACGCAUAGUUCCUUCCGACGCCGUUGCUUAGAAACGCUGUUAUUUACGUUUUCGUAAAACGAGGGAAACUUUAUAUUGUGAAAACGUUUAUGUUAAGGACGCAACUAAAACAGCACUGAAAAGAAGAUGAGGUCUUAUAAAAGGAAGUUGGGUGCAAGAGCCUAUAGAAAUUACUCUCCAGAGACGUUAGAUAAAGCCGUUAAAUUGGUUUUAACAAAGAAAAUGACCCUGCGAGCAGCAUCUGAAAGGUUCAAUAUUCAUCGAAACACAUUGUGGAACAAAACCAAAGAGAUAAAACGUUCGACCACCUCAAACUCAGAGACAGUCAAACCUAAAAGACAGCAUGGGGGUCAACCUAUUUUUACAAAAGAAGAAGAGGAUACAUUCGUUGCUCAUUCCAUUGCAAUGGCAUCUUAUGGUUUCCCAAUGACAUUACUUGAUUUGCGCUGUGUCGUCAAAUCAUAUCUAGAUCGAACCGGAAGAAAAGUUCCUGUGUUUGGAAAUGGAAACUUUCCUGGGAGAGAGUGGGCCAUGUCAUUUAUGAAGCGGCAUAAGUAUGUUCUCUCCGAACGUGUCGCCAAAAAUAUCACAUAUGCAAGAGCUGUGACUGAUACUGAAGUGAUUGACUCAUAUUUUGAGCAUUUAGAGAAGGAGUUAGAGGGUAUUCCGCCAGAAAAAAUUUGGAAUUACGACGAAACGAACGUCCAGGACGAUCCGGGAAGCAAAAAAGUGUUGGUCAGAAGAGGAGCAAAAUAUCCAGAGCGGAUACAAAAUUGUUCCAAAGCGUGUACUUCGAUUAUGGUCUGUGGGAACGCCGCAGGACAGUUGGCUCCACUAUACGUAAAUUACAAGGCCGAGAACAUGUGGUCGACCUGGACCGAAAAUGGACCUGAAGGAGCCCGCUACAAUCGUACUAAAUCUGGAUGGUUUGAUCACCAAGUGUUUGAGGACUGGUUCAUCAAUCUUAUGCUCCCCAUACUGAAACAACAAGAUGGCCAAAAAGUUCUUAUUGGCGAUAAUUUGAGUUCGCAUAUUAACCUAGAGGUUAUUAGACUCUGCGAAAAGUAUGGGAUAAAAUUUAUCGCACUCCCACCAAAUGCAACAUAUCUACUGCAACCGCUAGAUGUUGCCAUAUUCAGAGUUCUAAAACUGAUUUGGUGUGAAAUUUUGUCAGAUUGGAAGCAAUCGACAUCUGGUAGCCGGUGCACAUCAGUUCCAAAAGAUGAACUGCCUGGUCUGUUAAAGAAAAUGAUGGACAAGCUGCAGGAGAACAUCAUAAAAAAUCUCCAGUCAGGAUUUAGGAAGACUGGGAUUUUUCCGCUUGACAAAAUGGAAGUCCUCCAAAGACUCCCGAAGGCCGUCUUGGAAGAGAGCCUACAGUCCUUAUCAGGAGUGGUUGGUGAGAUCUUCAUAGAAGAACUGCAGAAGAAGAGAGAAGAGGUUACAGGAUGCCGGGCCCCCAAGAGAAGGAGAAGGCUCACUGUUCCAGCAGGCAGAAGUAUCUCCAGUGCCGAAAUCGAAGCCAGUAGGGCGGAACAGCCGAAAGGGAAGAACACAAAAGCCAACACUUCCUCCAGACCCAGCGGAUCCAAGGAAAAGGCUGUACUGGCAGGUGAGAUGUCUGGAGAAAGCUCUUCAGAUGAAGACAACAGCAGAGAGAGGAACUGGACGGAUGAAGAUCCCAGUGACCCCGACGUGCUGGAUGAAUCUUUCAGCUGUUUGGAGUAUUCAGAACCUGAAAUGUCUCCCACAAAAGUGAUUCCAAAUGAUAAAGACGUCUUCGGAAUCGACAGCAUGGCUCCUGAAAAAAAAACGUUUUCAAAGUGGAUGAUUUUGUAG